AUGAGCGACGAGUUCAACUUGGAAGGACGCAGCUUCGAAGCUGGAGAAUAUCACCUAUGGACUGCACUGGAUAAAAACGAUGGGGUCAACGCAGCGCUGAAAAUCUACGCCACCAACAUGACGACGACUGAGUGUUGCGACGAGGACAACUGCUAUUUCUACAUCGAAACGGAUAUUGCGGAGACCAACAUCACGGUUUGGAACGACUACAUUUCACCGCCUGGAUAUGAAGAGGUUUCGUUCUACUAUCGGUCCGCGAUGGUACAAGGCUGGAACAAAUUUUGCAUCCAAGGAGAAUUAGCUGUGGUUCGUGCUCAGCUUCCAGGCGCUGUGUCGAAUGUUUCAGGUAAUCCUGACGUUGCCAAUCUCUCCAUGACAGCAAGGGCUUCCAGUAUCGACUACUACCCCAUGUGGCCAGGUACUUGGAUGCUUGGGGAUUUAGGACGAGCGAUCUUCACUGGUUCGACAGCCCGUAUGUGGCCAUUCUCGUACAAUGAAUGCAACGAGACCAUAUUCAACUCUCAAAACCAAAGAAUGAAUGCCUACACUGGAGCCUACCUUUCUAACGCAGAAAAUACCGAUCCUGAAUGUACUGAAUCUGGUGGAUCUACUAGCACAGCAUCGACUUUCACUUACCAAAUGGAUGCGUUAUCUUCAAAUUGGGGCAUUCACAUGGCAGGAUAUCUCGAUUUGGUGACGUACUCUGUGGAGUGGAAUGCAGCUCAAAUGAACCCUAGGAAAGUCAUGGUUGAAAAACCCAUGUACUUUAUCUUCAACGUUGCGAUGUCGAGUUCGUGGGGAGCUAAACCUCCAAAUGCUGGUACAUUGGGUUGCUAUGGCGAUGGGAUCGACGCAAUCUGUGAUGCCUUCAACAUGACGACGACUGAGUGUUGCGACGAGGACAACUGCUAUUUCUACAUCGAAACGGAUAUUGCGGAGACCAACAUCACGGUUUGGAACGACUACAUUUCAUCGCCUGGAUAUGAAGAGGUUUCGUUCUACUAUCGGUCCGCGAUGGUACAAGGCUGGAACAAAUUUUGCAUCCAAGGAGAAUUAGCUGUGGUUCGUGCUCAGCUUCCAGGCGCUGUGUCGAAUGUUUCAGGUAAUCCUGACGUUGCCAAUCUCUCCAUGACAGCAAGGGCUUCCAGUAUCGACUACUACCCCAUGUGGCCAGGUACUUGGAUGCUUGGGGAUUUAGGACGAGCGAUCUUCACUGGUUCGACAGCCCGUAUGUGGCCAUUCUCGUACAAUGAAUGCAACGAGACCAUAUUCAACUCUCAAAACCAAAGAAUGAAUGCCUACACUGGAGCCUACCUUUCUAACGCAGAAAAUACCGAUCCUGAAUGUACUGAAUCUGGUGGAUCUACUAGCACAGCAUCGACUUUCACUUACCAAAUGGAUGCGUUAUCUUCAAAUUGGGGCAUUCACAUGGCAGGAUAUCUCGAUUUGGUGACGUACUCUGUGGAGUGGGUGCCUGGAGAUAACGAGAAGUCGAAGGCCAGCCUAUCUAUGAGAUCACCGCUGACGUUGUCACGAAUUCACCACAGAAUGCAGCUCAAAUGA